CCUCUCUCUUGAUUCAACAUAAUUAUCAACAAAACAUUCAUAUGGACUUCUGAUUCUCAGGGUAGGAAGUAGAAUGUCUCCUAACCUGUUACAGAUAGAGGAGAACCGUUAGUGCAGGUGAUGUGGUCAAACUUGUGUCUGAUCACGGGCUGCACUGCAGAGGAUGGGUCAGGGGCCCAACUGGAAACAGCAGGAGGCCAGAUAAUAAGUCCUUGAAAGCAGAAGCAGGGUUGAUAGGCAUAUAUUGGAGGAAAAGAAAAGGAGCCAGGAUUUGGCGACAUUGGAUGAGACAGUCAGGAAGUCUAAGGUGACUACUGGCUUUAUGCGCUGGGUAUUUUGAGUGCUGCUGUUAACCCGUAGGAGAAAUAUUUGAACUUAACAACCUACCCCUUGCUCAGUAGGUACUCUCUCCGUUUCUUUAGCUCUGCACGACUACAAUUCCCAGAACCCCGCACUCCACCACAAUCCCCUUAGAGUCUGCCGCACAGAGUUCUGGGACUUGAAGUCCGCGGCCUAUUCACCCAAGUUAUAGAUAGAGGCCUGUGGAAACAUGAAGAGGGUAAAUAGCUGUGUGAAGAGUGGUGAGCAUGUCCUGGAGGAGUUGGAAACAGAAGGGGAGAGGCAGCUGAAAAGCCUCCUUCAGCAUCAACUUGAUACCUCUGUCUCCAUUGAGGAAUGUAUGUCUAAGAAAGAGAGCUUCGCUCCUGGUACUAUGUAUAAGCCCUUUGGGAAGGAAGCAGCUGGGACUAUGACUUUGUCCCAGUUCCAGACACUGCAUGAGAAGGACCAGGAAACUGCUUCUCUUAGGGAACUAGGGCUCAAUGAAACAGAAAUCUUGAUCUGGAAGAGCCAUGUUUCAGGUGAAAAGAGGACAAGACUGAGGGCAACCCCAGAAGCAAUACAGAACCGUCUUCAAGAUAUUGAAGAAAGGAUCUCGGAGCGUCAGCGCAUCCUUUGCCUGCCCCAGAGAUUUGCCAAGAGCAAACAGCUGACCCGGCGAGAAAUGGAAAUAGAAAAGUCUUUAUUUCAGGGAGCUGAUCGGCACUCCUUCCUCAAGGCUCUUUAUUACCAAGCAUACCACAAAAAGACAAGUGCAGACAAGUACAUGACCUCAAUGAAGAGGAAGAUAAAAUUAGGCACAAAAGAUGAACCCCAAAAGAAGAACAAAGGUGAUCCCAUGAACAACCUGGAAAGUUUUUACCAAGAGAUGAUAAUGAAAAAACGUCUUGAAGAGUUCCAACUUAUGAGAGGUGAACCCUUUGCUUCCCACUCACUGGUCUCAGCUACAUCAGUGGGAGAUAGUGGCACAGCUGAGAACCCGUCAUUACUCCAGGACAAGGGAAAACAGGCAGCACAGGGUAAAGGUCCCAGUCUCCAUGUGGCAAAAGUUAUUGAUAAUUCACCUGAGCAGUGUUGGACUGGGCCUAAGAAGCUGACGCAGCCAAUAGAAUUUGUCCCAGAAGAUGAAAUCCAGAGAAAUCGUUUGUCAGAGGAAGAGAUCCGAAAAAUUCCUAUGUUUUCUUCAUAUAAUCCAGGGGAGCCAAACAAGGUGUUAUACCUGAAGAACCUUAGCCCUGGGGUGACUGAGAGAGAUCUUGUCUCAUUGUUCGCUCGGUUCCAGGAGAAAAAAGGACCACCAAUUCAAUUCCGAAUGAUGACGGGACGAAUGAGGGGGCAAGCUUUUAUCACCUUUCCCAAUAAGGAGAUAGCAAGGCAAGCAUUAUAUCUAGUAAAUGGAUAUAAACUACGUGGGAAAAUAUUGGUGAUAGAAUUUGGAAAGAACAAAAAGCAACAGUCGGAUCUCCAGGCUGCUUCUCUCAUAUCAGCUGCUACAGAUAACACUACAGAAAUCAGUGGUAGCUAAAAGAUAUAUAGAUGGUGAGUCCCAGGAGGUCUUCCUUGCAUCAGAAUCUUGGAUUUAGAAUUUGUGUAUGGUAGCAAUUUGUUUGGAUUUGAAGAAGAGAAACUAAUUCAGGGAGAGAAAAACUAAGAUAAUCCCUCUCAGUUUCAGAAUGAAUUGGUAGAAAACAUUUUUUAUAAUCAAAGACUAUAUAGGACAGAGUAUGAAGUGUAAGGUACAAAGAAUAUCAUUUUCUCAGGAUAAAUUACAAGUGAUUAUUUCUAAGGAUUUUUUUUAAAUCUUUAUAAUUUAUCUGGGGUCUUCAGUAUUUGUCCAUAAAGAUAACAUUCUUUCCGAGAUUGCCUCCUACAUGCAGAACUAAAAAACUAAUUAAAUGUUGAAAUACGUAUUUACUAGAGCUCAUUUAUCCCUAAUUAUAUCCACCUAGUAAAUAAAUGACCAAGACCCCAGGUCUAAACAUCAACAAAUGCUGUUGAAUGACAACUAUCAGCAGUGACAAUAUGUUUUUUCAUAAGUCAGUCCACAUAUUUAAUGAAUGCUUCCAUAUAAAGUUAACAGUGUCUUCAAAAAUUUAUAUAUUUUUCUAAUGAAAUCAUUUAGGUCAAAAUAUUGAUGUUCUCAUAGUCAUUUAAGCUAGCUACCAUUGAGUAAUCCCUGAAUUCAAAGCAAUAAACAUUGAAUGACUAUCUAAUAUAUGUUAUAUAUUAGGUAUAUGAAUUUUAGGAGAGGAACAUACUAGCAAACAAUACUAAAAGUGGGAAGAAAGCAUUCUCUAGAAGAGAGCCACUCAUUUCCAAAUCCCUCAGUUGUUUGUAGUUGCUGGAGAACAGAAGGAAAAUAUGAUAUAGAGGAAGUAGUACACACUUUGGAAUCAGGCCUAUGUUUGAACUUCACAGCCACACUUAUCACUUUGUGACCUUGGCAAGUCACUUAAUCUGAGCCUCAGUUUUCUCAUCUAUAAAAUGGGGAUAAUAAUACUACUUACCUCAUUAGGUUGUAAAUAUUAAAUGAGAUGAUACUAUUUUGGCUCAAGAAUAGGAAGAAAAAAAAUGAAGAAAGUUGAACAGAGAGUAGGACCAUUAAGCACUCCAACAUACUUGUAAUGAGAGGACCAGAAAAAGAGAAGAGAAAGAAAGAAGCAGAAAAAAUAUUCCAAUAAAUAAUGGAUGUAAAUGUCCCAAAUUUGAUGAGAAACAUUACCUACACAU